GGCGGGAGUCUGGCGUCAAAGCGUGUGGUAAAACGACGCUUUCGUAGCGGAUUCAGUGAGUCACGACGCCGCGUCGAGUGUCGUCGCUUUUAUUUCCGAACGAGCAUCCCCUUCGAAGUCAGCUACGAAAUGGUUAUAACGAGACGGUGAAAUUCGAUUUCACCCACGCGACUGAUCACGCGUCCCAGCAGACCGGAAGUCGUUUAUACGACCAGUUCUUCCUAGCGAACUCGGAACGAAAUCGGAUCGUUUCAUCUCUUUUUAAGAAAAUCCAAGCAACUUUACUUUCAAUAUUUUGUUCAUUAAAAGUGGACCCGAAGAAAACUUGUGAAUAAUUAUUUUUGCAGACGCGAAGUUGAUUAGGGUCUAACGAAGAUGGACGUAAAAGGGCGAGUUGCCCUGGUGACGGGCGCCGCUUCCGGUAUCGGCAAAUCGUGUGCGAUAGAAUUGUUAAACGAAGGUGCUAAGGUGUCUAUAUGCGAUAUCAACGCAGAGGAAGGUGAAAAAUUGGUCGAAACAUUGUCCUCGGAAUAUGGAAAGGAUCGAGUGAUCUUCUGUCAGUGUGACGUUACAGAUUACUCGCAAUUCGAAGAAUCAUUUCAAACGACGAUCGCGACGUUUGGUCAUAUCGAUAUCGUUAUCAAUAAUGCUGGAAUAAUGAACGAUCGGUUUUGGGAGCUUGAAGUCGAUAUCAAUGUCAACGGAGUGAUUCGAGGAACUUUGCUUGCCCAGCGAUUUAUGGGGACAGACAGGGGUGGUCAGGGUGGAAUAGUGGUUAAUAUUGGAAGCAACGUCAGCAUCAACCCUUAUGCCAGUGUACCGAUUUAUUCUGCAACAAAGGCGGCGAUCGUAAACUUCACCAGAGCAUUUGGGCAUCAAUACCACGUGGAUUUAACCGGUGUAAAGGUGAUGGCAUUGUGUCCAAGCGCAACAGAUAGUAAAUUAUUGGGAGACGUUAGUAAACAGUUACUCUGGGCUAGAUACGAGGACGCCUGGCGUCGCGACGUCGCCAGUUCAGUUCCUCAAAGAGCAGAACACGUGGCAAAGGCAUUGAUCCACAUUUUGAACACAGGCAAAAGUGGUAGCGUCUGGUUGGUCGAGAAGGAUCAACCUCCUCGCGAGAUCACAUUCCCGAAGAAUUAAAAGGUCCUAGCAUUGCCACGUAUCACGUGGAUCCUUCCUCGCUUGAAUACAAGUAAACUGUGCCGUACCAUAAUCGCGAAUGUACCGAAAUUAUAGUCCAGAAUCGCUGAGGAGUUCCGGAGGAUCGAUGAUCAAUUCAGACUGCACGUGGGAUCAAGAACACGUUUUCAUCGACAAACAUCAUCAGAUUUAUGACAAUUCGUAAUCGGAUCGAAACACUUUUCUACGGAUUCGUUUGAAUGAAAAUCGUAACUUUAAAUUUUCGUCGACCGAUUUGAAGAAAUCAAUUACUUCAUCAAUUUCCACGCCAUAAUAAUCGUAGCUUGAAUAAUUUUUUUUAUGGAAAGUUGAAGAUUGCAUUAACGAAUAGCGUGUAUGUUUGGAAUUUUCAAUCAUUGCCAUGUUUUCUCCCAUGAAACUCCACACUUUGUAACAUAUUUCCUCGACACUUUCUUAUUGUGCGACUUUCACGAGAAGUUUCGAAGGAUCUCUUUGAUUAUAUAGAAAAUCAACGAGCCUUGCUUAGAUAGUCCUUAAGAAGGUGCAACCGUGGAUCUCUGACACCUUUUUUUCAGCCUUUGAGAACAACGUUUCUUCGCAACAAUACACCAUCGUUCGUGAACGAUGGUUGUUUUGAAUUUUAAAUGGUCACUUCAAUGCAAUAAAUAUAUAGUAAGUAUUUAAAUGAAACGAAACGUGAAAGAGUGAGAAGCAAUUUUUAAAAAAAUCAUAUUGUGCGACGUCCUUUUUUUAAUCCAUAUUAUAUAAGGAUGAUGUGACACAUUUUGAAAUGGAAGGCCAAACGUGGACAUAAAGGUGAAUCGUUUGUAUAAUUUUUGAACGCGAUACAAAUAUUUACAGAUAUCGAAAACGUCCAUGUACUGAUCGAUAUCGUUUUUAAAAUUUUAUAUAAAUUCUAAAAUUCUGAACGAUCGAUGUCUCGCAAUUUGUUUGUAAUUUUUUAUAGAAAUAUUUCAAAAGAACGACCAACCAAACGAAACGAAUAAACGUAGGUUUAGACACGUGAAAUCGAGGCCUAAACUCGGUGUCUUCGAUGCACAAGUCACAAUUAUUAUACAUUUUAAUCGUCCAUUCUUCGAUAGAACACCCUUCCUCUGGUUCUAAUUAAUGUUCAAUUAAAAAUUCAUUUCUAUCAUCUAUUAACAAAAUUGAAGUCACUUUAGAAUACAAAUCAAGGAACAAUUGAAUUCAUUUUCCAUUGAUAUUAAAUUUGACAACACUUUAGAGAUUCCUGAAAUUCUAAUUAGGAAAUUGAACAAUUUUUCUAGGACUUUGAAGAAUUGAAUUCUUCUUGAACGAGAGAAUCCAAGGGGGUCGAUAUCGAGGAUCAAUCACACACUCGAAUAUAACAUUACGUAAUCUUAAUCGACGGUACAGUCGAUAGCUAGUGGAAAUUGUUGAUUUUGUUAUGAUUUGCUCGGAAUGUAUGUUGCAAGCCUAGCCAAUAAAGCGCAUAGCUUUUUCUAA